AUGCGUACAUCUCUCGGGGUUGCAGCCCUUGUUGGUGUAGCUUUCGCACCAUGUCUUCAGGCCGCUGCGUCUGCGGCCGACGCCCAAGCAGCAGGCGUGGCCGCUCAGCCUACGCCUGCCCCUCCUGCUCAUGAGGGCCAUGGUGUCGGUGUAAUGAAAUUGCGCCGUGCGCAUCAUCAGCAUGCCCAUGAGCGCCGUGUGAACACAUUGCUGGGCGUCAGCUUCCUUUCUUCUCUGAUUGGCGGUGAAUUCACCACCUUGAAUAUCAACCAACCUGCUCCUGACAACUCCCGUUCUAUCGAUCGCUCAUUAACAGGCGGAGAGUUUACUACUCUUGCUGACAGUUCGCGCGCGCCCGGAGCGUCGUCGCGAUCAAGUGAUUCUGCAGAGACCUCGACAUCCUCGGACAGCGAGACCUCUGAUUCGAGUGAGACAUCCUCGACCUCUUCGACCCGUUCUUCUACUAGCUCUUCGACGACACGAACACCAAGCUCAACAGCAGCAGGCGUAGGGGCCGCCUCGAGCUCUUCACGUAUGGCCACGUCAUCGUCCAGCUUGGUGCGCAGUCGCUCCUCGAGCUCGACAUUGGCAGACCUUUCGACGUCGAGCUCGGAUCUGCCAUCCAGUUCUUCCGCACCUACAUCGACGUCGGAUAGUACAUUGUCGCCUGUCCAGUACACGACGACGACUCAGCAAGUGCAUCCGACCGUGGACCCUUCCUCGAACAUGAGCGGUCAAAACAGCAAGGAUGGUGGAGAUAAUCAUAUCGGCACCAUUGUUGGUGUUACGGUAGGUGUUGGUGUACCGCUCGUUGCAGCAGCUCUCUUCUGUCUGUACUGGUUCUUUGGCCGUCGCAAGCGCCGGAAUGAUGACAUCCAAUGGCCUGACAUUAACCAUGACUCGGGUAUGGCUACGACGGCACCGCUACCAGCCCGCCAGACGGGCGGCGCCGGCUUUGAUAUGGGCCAUGAACACGACUCCUUCUACGAGGAGAGCCAGCCACAUGGUCUUAAGAGUGCUGAUUCGUAUGGUGCUGAGUCCAUGAUGCAGUCGCGUGAUGCUCAUGCUGUGCCAGAAACGUACGUGCAGCAGCCCUACGAUGCCUAUGCCCAGCAGGCCCAGCAGGAGUAUGAUCAGUAUGCCCAGCAGCAGUACAAUGCGCUUCAGCAUGCGAAUAGGCCUCCGCCAUUGGCGCCAGAGACAGCCACAGAACAACCGAAGCUUACGACGAGCGGUGUCCAAUCUCGUGCCAUUACCGACAAUGAUCUGCCGCCGCCUCAUGCGCUUUCCGAUGGCGCAGAGUAUCAGCAGUAUGUGGUUGGUGAGACCUAUCCAGGGUCCUAUCAGGAGGGUGUGGAUGCCCCAGCCACCCGUGAGCUGUAUCAUGGAACACAGGCUACGACGCCGUAUCAAACGGGCGCGACAGCGAUGUAA